AUGUAUCCUGUGAAACACGUUCCGAACCCGAUUGAGGCCACACCAGUGCCGGGGGCAUGGAUGGGGAGGACAGCUCGAUCCCAAUCCGAGCCUCGCAGUUACUGGGCAUUUGCUCACGGCUGCGCACACUACGCAUUUUUUGUGAAGGAUGAUCGGACGGUUGAGCGGCAGAACCAGCAAGUCGCCCGCAUGUUGGCGCAGACUAAUAGACAGCGCGAGCGCGACGCUCAAACACUAAAGCAGUGCUUCUCGUGGGGCCCAAGCAGCGAUCAACCCCGGUGGCCAGAUAAUCGCAAUGUCGUGUACAAAACUGACUUGCCGGUGCAAGUUUCAUCUGUGCCGCUGCGGUCACCCAAGGUCCUCUCUCCUCUGGCAGCUGAGGGAGACCUUUCGAUGCGGAGAAUGCGUGUGUCAAAUGAGCCGUUUUCAGUCAGACAACCCGCGUUUCCCGGGCCUAGCGAGGGUGCCAGCAGUCCUUCGGGAAGAAACACUUCUAGUCUUGCCAAAAGCCCGGAGCCGCUCUGCAGAUAUGAGAUCAACGGGGCGGUGCUUGCGUCGCGGACGAAGCCGGUGCCUCCGCCGGAGCAGGAUAAGAACUCGGGGCAUUGGGUAACCGAGGUCAAUGCAAACACGGGCGAGUUCAAUCCGAUGACGAAUCUAAAUUUAGAUCGGCACUUACAACAGUACCGUGACAUGCAGAAGCGACAGUUCCGGGCGGGCAGCUCGGCCACAGGAAUGCCCGCAGCCGGACAAGUGCAGCGGAAGCCGGUGAUAACCUGCCACGACAUUCAAAGCUUCGUGCCCGUGAGAAAAGAGGAGCGAAUGAAAAACUAUCACUUGAUCCAGAGAAAUUUGUGAAUCAUGCGACAUUUUCCACCCACUUAGAAGACUAAAACCUGAUCCUCAAGCACUAGCAAAUCCAAAUUCAAACUGCAAAAUAAGCUUCACGCAAUCAAGGAAGACGCGGCUAAAGUGCCGCCGUGUUUGUAGGAUCGGAGCCGUUUUUCUAAAAGUUGAAGGUGAUCUUGUUCGCGAACGAUAUUUCUCGGUAUGAGUCGUAGCGAUCUGAAACGGAC